CUCUGAUGUAUUCAUCAUACAUAUACAUUAUUCAAAUACUGACUUUUAUAUAUUUUUCAUAAAAUAAUUUGAGAAAAUAAAUAAAAUUCUCAAAAACAUAAAAUGUAUAACCUUCGAAAAAUAUUUUCUCACAGGAAACAAACAUUCUUCUCAAUAGAGCAUGAACUUUCAGUAAGUGUUACUCUGAAUGAAGCAAUUGAAAAAGUUCUAAUUGCUAAUAGAGGAGAGAUAGCAUGCAGAAUUGUAAAGACGGCGAAGAAAUUAGGAGUAAAAACUGUUGCAAUUUAUAGCGAUGCUGAUAGGAAUUCAAUGCACACUGAUUUAGCUGAUGAAGCAUUUUAUGUUGGACCAUCUCCAUCAGCUCAAAGUUAUUUGAAACAACAUGAAAUUAUUUCAAUUGCCAAACGUACCAAGUGCCAGGCAAUUCAUCCAGGAUAUGGAUUUUUAUCAGAAAAUAUGGAAUUCGCCCAACUUUGUCAGAAAGAAAAAUUAAUUUUUAUAGGACCACCUGCAAGUGCUAUAAGAGAUAUGGGAAUUAAAAGCACCUCUAAAACUAUCAUGGACAAAGCUGGAGUUCCUAUUAUUCAAGGAUACCAUUCUAAUGAUCAAUCUAACGACGUUUUAUUAAAAGAAGCAAUAAAAAUUGGGUUUCCAAUUAUGAUCAAAGCUGUUCGAGGUGGAGGCGGUAAGGGAAUGAGAAUUGUAAAUGAAGAGAAAUUUUUCUUUGAAGCUCUAGAGUCGGCUCGAACUGAGUCGCAAAAAGCUUUUGGUGAUUCAGCAGUACUUUUAGAAAAGUAUGUAAAUAAUCCAAGGCAUGUUGAAGUACAAAUUUUUGCUGAUACUCAUGGAAAUGGUGUAUAUAUGUUCGAGAGAGAUUGUUCUGUACAAAGGCGACAUCAAAAAAUAAUCGAAGAAGCGCCUGCUCCAGGAUUAUCAAGUGAUGUACGUAGAAAAUUAGGUGAAGCAGCUGUAAGAGCUGCUAAAGCCGUGGGAUAUGUUGGUGCUGGGACUGUGGAAUUUAUCAUGGAUCAAAAGGAUCAGAGUUUUUAUUUCAUGGAAAUGAACACUAGACUUCAAGUAGAACAUCCAGUUACUGAAGCAAUUACGGGGUUAGAUCUUGUUGAAUGGCAAUUGAAAGUUGCAGCAGGAGAAAAACUUCCUCUCCAACAAGAAGACAUUCAUAUGAAUGGACACGCUUUCGAAGCUAGAAUUUAUGCCGAAAACCCUCGAGGUGGAUUUUUGCCUGGAGCUGGAUCACUUUUACAUCUCAAUCCUCCUAGAGCAUCUGAAGAUGUCAGAGUUGAAACAGGAGUCAGACAAGGAGAUGAAGUAUCAGUUCAUUAUGAUCCAAUGAUUGCCAAAUUAGUUGUUUGGGGGCAAAAUAGGGAUGAAGCACUACGAAAAUUAAAAUCAAAACUUGCAGAAUACGAUAUUGCUGGCGUAGAAACAAACAUAGAAUUUUUAAAGGAUUUAUGUAGCCAUCCAAAAUUUCAAGCUGGCGAUGUACACACUGGAUUUAUUGAUCAAUGGAAGGAUUCAUUAUUUCCAUUUCUCCAAGUUCCUUCUCACGUUUUAUGUCAAGGAACACUAGCUAUGAUUUUAUGGGAAGACUUAAAAUGUUUAAAAGCAGCUAUAAAAACCGCAGAUCCAUUUAAUCCAUUUAAUACGGAACUAGGAUUUCGACUGAAUCAUUACUUGCAAAAAAGAUUUUCAUUUCAUUUUUACGAUCAAAAGUAUGUAGUUGAUGUAAAAUAUACUGAACCAGAUGUUUAUGAAAUGAGAGUUAAUGACAUUGGUCCUUGGAGAAAAGUUACUGGGACAUUGACACAGGGUGAUAAUAUUUUAGAAUUGAGAUCUGAAGUAGAAAAUAAUAUAACUAAAUCUAGAAUUGUGACCAUGAAUGAUGAACUAUAUAUUUUUACCACAGAUCGAAUGUGGAAAUUAAAAUUGCCAAAACCAGAAUUUUUAAAUAAACUCGAUCAAUGGUCGGAUUUAAAAGGAUCAGAAGUCAGUCCUCUUCCAGGAAUAGUUGAUAAAAUUUUAGUGAACCCGAAUGAUUCUGUGAAAAAAGGAGAUUCUUUGAUUGUAAUUGUUGCAAUGAAAAUGGAGCACGUUAUUAGAGCAUCUUCUGAUGGAACAAUUGAAGAAAUUUUAUGUAAAGUUGGAGAAACAGUACAAAAAAAUCGAUUACUUUUGAAGAUAAAGGAAUAAAUAGACAACAAAUUCAUAAUAGGUUUAAGUAAAAAAUAUAAUUUUGUUAUUGAAUGUAUUGAAUAUUUUUAAAAAUUGUUAAAAUAACUGUUAUAAAGUGAUUCAAUUUCAAAUCACUCCGAGUUCUUUUCCUAUGUCAACAAAAGCAUUUACAGUUCGAUCAAUAUCCUCUGAUGUGUGAACUGCACUUAAUUGAACUCGGAUUCGUGCUUUACCUUUUGGAACCACAGGAUAACUAAAUCCUAUCACAUAAAUACCUCUUUCUGUAAUGAAAAAAUUCAUUUCAAUCUCUUAUUGAAAAAACAA